AUGGCUGAGCCGAAGAAGCCAUCUGAGGCUAUGGCUGUCUCUGAAUCUGCCCAAAUCGAGCCCGAGCAGUCUCCGGCCGGGAAUAACACAACAGACACUCCAACGCCAAUCGAACAACUCGACCUCGAAACAACCCCAGCUGAAGACUCACCAUCACCGACGCGAUCAAAGCGCCGCAUCGCAGCUAUAAUGACUGCACUCUACCUCGUCCUCUUCAUAACCGCCCUCGACCAAACCAUCAUCGCAACCUCCAUCCCCACAAUCUCCGCCGCGCUACACUCCGCUUCGGGCUACACCUGGAUCGGAAGCGCCUACCUACUCGCCACCGCAGCCGCCGGCCCCAUCUGGGCGCGAAUCAGCGACAUCUUCGGCCGAAAACCCGCGCUCUUAGCCUCCGUGACAGGCUUCGCAGCCGCGAGUAUCCUCGCCGCGCUGAGUACCAGCAUGCGCAUGCUGAUCGCAGCUCGGGUACUGCAGGGCGCGAGUGGCGGAGGACUCAUCCAGAUGGUCUACAUUACGAUCUCGGAUUUGUUUAGUGUACGGCGGCGGGCGCUGUGGUUUGGGUUGCUUGGGCUGAUGUGGGCGGUCGCGGGGUCAACGGGGCCGCUUGUAGGGGGUGGGUUGACGGAGAGGGUGAGUUGGCGGUGGUGUUUCUGGAUUAAUCUGCCUGUUUGUGGGGUUGCGUUGCUUUUGCUGCUGACGUGUCUCGAUGUGCAUAACCCGCGGACGAAGCUGAAGGAUGGGGUCGUCGCCAUAGACUGGUUGGGAACACUCGCCAUCGUUGGCCUCACCCUGCUCCUUCUGCUCGGGAUGGAGUUUGGAGGCACGGUCUUUCCUUGGUCGAGUCCGAAAGUCGUCUGCCUGAUCGUCUUCGGGGUCGUGAUGAUUGGAGUCUUCAUCGUGACGGAGAAGAAUCUCGCGCGGUACCCGCUCAUCCCAAUGAGUCUUUUCCAAUCCGGUCCGACAAACGCAGCAUUUAUCCUAGCCUUCGCGCAUGGAAUGGUCUCCUUCGGAACGGAGUACUACCUCCCGCUCUACUUCCAAAGCGUGAAGCAAGCAAGCCCGUUACGAAGCGGGCUGUUCAUCCUUCCCAUGAUGGUCACGGAAGCCGGAACGGAUAUAUUAACGGGAAUCCUAAUCCACCGGAUCGGCCGAUACAGGGAGAUUACAUGGGUCGGAACUAUUCUGAUGGCGCUAGGAACAGGUCUAUACAUCAAGAUGGACCGGGAAACGAGUCUCGGCACCAUCAUCGCGUUCCAGAUCGUUGGUGGGAUCGGGACGGCGAUGCUCUUCCAGACGCCCGUGCUGGCGAUCCAGAAUUCGGUGAGUCGUGCGGCGGAUACGGCGUCUGCGACAGCGACGCUGGGUCUUGCGAGGAAUAUCGCGACGAGUUUUUCGAUUGUGCUCGGUGGGGUGGUUUUCUCGGAUGGGAUGGAUAGGAGACGGUCGAUGCUUGCCGCGGCGGGUCUUGAUCACGGUAUCUUGGAUAGGCUGUCCGGGGACAGUGCUGCUGCGAAUGUCGAUGUUGUCAAGGUGCUUAGUGACGAGGUACAGAAGAUCGCGGUGAGGGAUGCGUUUGCGUGGAGUGUGAGGAAUAUGUUUAUCUUUUACACAGGUAUUGCUGGGGUUGCGGUUUUGGCGGGGGUCUUUAUCGAGCAGAAAGAGAUGAAAAGGGAGCAUGUUGAGACGAAGACGGGGGUUGGAAAGCUCGCGAGAAGGGAGGACGCAUAG